AUGCUGGGGUCUCUGGGACUUUGGGCAUUACUUCCCACAGCUGUGCAAGCACCUCCAAACAGGCGGACCUGUGUGUUCUUUGAGGCCCCCGGAGUGCGGGGAAGCACAAAGAUGCUGGGAGAACUGCUAGGUACAGGACCAGGGCACCCCAGGGUUAUCCGCUGCCUCUACAGCCACUGCUGCUUUGGGAUCUGGAACCUGACCCAAGACCAGGCACAGGUGGAGAUGCAAGGAUGCCGAGACAGUGAUGAGCCAGGCUGUGAGGCCCUCCAUUGUGACCCAACCCCCAGAGCCCACCCCAGCCCCGGCUCCACUCUCUUCACUUGCUCCUGUGGCACCGACUUCUGCAAUGCCAAUUAUAGCCAUCUGCCUCCUCUAGGGAGCCCUGGGACUCCUGGUGCCCAGGGUCCCCAGGCCUCCCCAGACCCUAGGCUCUUCUCUGUCUCAGUUCUGCUACAGCGAAAGGCCUGCACAGUGCAAGGUGGGCCAGAGCCAGAGCCAGACUCAGGCAGAGACUGGAGUGAGGAGCUGCCCGAGCUGCCCGAGCUGUGUUUCUCUCAGGUUAUCCAGGAAGGAGGUCACACAGUGGUGUGGGCCGGGCAGCUGCGAGGUGAGCUGGUAGCCAUCAAGGCCUUCCCUGCAAGGGCUGUGGCCCAGUUUCGAGCUGAGAGAGCAUUGUACGAGCUGCUAGGCCUUCGGCAUGACCACAUUGUCCGCUUUAUCACUGCCAGCCGUGGAGGCCCUAGCCCCUUGCUUUCAGGACCCCUGCUGGUACUGGAACUACACCCCAAGGGCUCCCUAUGCCACUACUUGACCCAGCACACAAAUGACUGGGGGAGUUCCCUGCGGAUGGCACUGUCUCUGGCCCAGGGCCUGGCAUUUCUCCAUGAGGAGCGCUGGCAGGAUGGUCAAUAUAAACCAGGUAUUGCCCACCGAGAUCUGAGCAGCCAGAAUGUGCUCAUGCGGGAAGAUGGGUCAUGUGCCAUUGGAGACCUGGGUCUUGCCUUGGUGCUCGCUGGCCUCACUCAGCCCUCUACCUGGGCCCCUACUCAACUGCAAGGCCCAGCUGCUAUCAUGGAGGCUGGCACCCAGAGGUACAUGGCACCAGAGCUCUUGGACAAGACCCUGGACCUACAGGACUGGGGCACAGCCCUCCGGCGAGCUGAUAUUUACUCUCUGGCUCUCCUCCUAUGGGAGAUCCUGAGCCGCUGUCCCGAUUUGAGGCCUGACAGCAGACCACCACCCUUCCAACUGGCCUAUGAGGCAGAACUUGGCAGCACCCCCACCACCUGUGAGCUAUGGGCCUUGGCAGUGGAGGAGAGGAGGCGUCCCUACAUCCCAUCUACCUGGUGCUGCUUUGUCACAGACUCUGGUGGGCUGAGAGAUCUCCUAGAGGACUGUUGGGAUGCAGACCCAGAAGCACGGUUGACAGCUGAGUGUGUACAGCAGCGCCUGGCUGCCCUGGCCUGCCCUCGGGAGGUCCCCUUCCUCCCAGAGGGCUCUCCACACAGCUGCCCACCUCUCUGCCCAGAAGACUGUACUUAA